UCAAAAAAAAUCUACAUAUCCUACUAGACAAUACUUCACGAACUUAUCACAUAUUCGAUUUCUAACCUUGUUCUUAAUGUAGCUCAAAGUAGAAAAGACUCUUUCAACACUUGCCGUGUAACCAUAAAAUCAAUUCAAAAUUAAGGGUGGCGUGUACGUAGUUUAAUUAUUAGGUAUUGAAAAUAGUUGGGGAUAAAGAAAUAGUGUUUUACUGUUGCAUGAUGUUUAAAAUAGAAUAACAAAUGAGUAGCAACAUAAUUAGAAUAUUUUUGAUAAUAGUAGUGUCCUAGGUCGGAAUAACACGGACUACCGCUUAUAUUUUGUUAAUCAUAAACAAACUAUUAUCGAGGGUAGGAUAAUCAAUUUUUCAAAUGUUAGGGUGUGCCGGAUUACCAAUUAUAUUUUGUAUACCCAUACGAAAUUACUACCGGAGGUUGGAUAAUCAUUUUCCCAAAUUUUAGGGGUGUCCCGGGACACCCCUAGAGGCCCAUGUAUCCGCCCCUGAGUGCUAGUGGUACGCUACCAGUACUAGUGGUACGCUACUAGUGCUAGUGGUACGGUACCAUUACCACUUGUAGCGGUACCAUUAGCAGUACCAGUACCACUGGUAGCGGUACCAUUGCCACUGGUAGCGUACCACUAGAGACUAGCACAAAAAAAAUCAGAUCUGAAAUAUAAAAAAUCACAGAUCUGAAAAAAAAAUCAGGGAUGAUGAAAGGGGGAGGCAGGGGAGAGGCAGUGACCUCGUGGCGAUGGUGGUGGUGGGAGACAGAGGGCGGCGGGAGGGUUGCGACGACGGUGGUGGUGGGAGGAGGAGGCCGCGAUGGUUGCGGGGCGAGAGACGUGACAGUGCUGGGAGGCGGAGGGCGCGACGACGGGAGGGCUGCAGCAGUGAUGAGAGGCGGAGGGCGUGGCGGGUCGGCAAGACGGCUGCGACGACGGUGGUGCUAGCCGAUAGAGAGAGAGGGAAGAGAUGGGAGGAAGAAGAAGAAUAGGAAGAAGAAAGAUGGCGUGAGAGAGAGAGAGAGAGGGGAAAGAGAGAAUGUAGGGUUUUAGGUAUUAAUAGGGGUAAUAAUCUAGUGUGGUCAAUUUUAUUCGUCCAAAAAUACUCUUAAUCCAAUCCGUACCAUUGAUUUGAAAAAAAAAGAGACAAGAGAGAGAAUGAAUCCUAUGGUUAUAA